AUGAUGAAAAUUUUGGAAAUAUCGAAUGUACAUAAAAUGAAUGGCUGUUUGACGUGGGACAUCGCGGGAGUUUGCGAGCCACACAUCGUCCGAAUAACCACUGGAAAACCUUGCUGCUACCGAAUGUCGUUGAAAUUACCGCAGAACCCGAACGCUGGGCUUUUCAAGCAGGGCUACAACAGCUACUCGAACGCCGAUGGGCAGAUUAACAAGUCGAUUGCUGCGAUCCGGGAGAUCCACCAGAUGUGCCUGACGUCGAUGGGGCCCUGUGGGUGCAACAAGAUCAUUGUGAACCAUCUGGGGAAAGUCGUGGUGAGCAACGACGCGGCCACGAUGCUUAGGGAGUUGGAGAUCGUGCACCCGGCGGUGAAAGUGCUCGUGAUGGCCACUGAACAGCAGAAACUGGACGUUGGUGACGGAACAAACCUUGUGAUGGUCCUUGCUGGGGAAUUGCUGAACGUGUCUGAGAAAUUGAUUGCAAUGGGGCUGUCUGCCGUGGAGAUCAUCCAGGGGUACCACAUGGCGAAGAGCUUUGUGUUGGGGGAAUUGGACAAGCUAGUCGUCGCAGAAGUUGUCGACAAGAGAAGCCAGACGGAGCUUGCGAAGGUGGUCCGCCCUGUAAUUGCGUCGAGGCAACACGGGUAUGAGGAUCUGCUGAGUAAGCUCGUUGCGGAGGCCGUGGCGCACGUUCUGCCACCGGCUGCUGCUGUCUCCGCGUCCCAAUUCAACGUCGACUCCAUCAGAGUGGUCAAGAUCAUGGGUGGAUCGCUUGCCGACGCGGCCGUGUUUAAGGGGAUGGUGUUCAACACGGAGCCCGCGGGCCACGUGAAGAGCCUCCCUGAGACCGCGAAGCACAAAGUGGCCGUGUUCACCUGCCCUCUGGACAUCGCGGGGACAGAGACGAAGGGCACUGUGUUGCUGCACAACGCACAGGAGAUGCUGGACUUCUCGAAGGGCGAGGAGACGCAGAUCGACGCAAUGAUGAAGGAGAUCGCAGACAUGGGCGUCUCGUGCGUCAUAGCAGGGUCCACCGUCGGCGAGCUCGCGUUGCACUACUUGAACCGGUACGGGAUCCUCGUGCUCAAAGUCGGCAGCAAGUUCGAGCUGAGACGGAUCUGCCGGGUGUGCGGUGCGUCGCCGCUGCCGCGGUUGGGGGCGCCCACACCUGAGGAGCUGGGCACGAUAGACACGGUGAAGACGAUGGAGAUUGGUGGGGACAGGGUCACUGUAUUCAAGCAGGAGGCCGAGGAGGUGUCGCGGACAGCGACGAUCAUCCUGCGCGGUGCGACGCAGAACCACCUGGACGACGUCGAGCGCGCGGUCGACGACGGUGUGUCCGCGAUCAAGGGCCUGAUGAAACCGGAGGGCGGGAAGCUGCUCGCCGGCGCCGGUGCCACGGAGAUCGAGCUGGUCUCCCGGAUCACCAAGUUCGGCGAGACGACCCCGGGGCUUCUACAGCUGGCGAUCAAGCAGUACGCGCUGGCGUUCGAGGUGGUCCCUCGGAUCCUCGCACAGACCUCCGGCGCAGACGUGAACGAGGUGCUGCCCAACCUGUACGCGGCGCAUGCGGCUGCACCCACGGCGGGCAUCGACAGCCUGUGCAAGGGGAUCGACACGGAGGGCGAGCACGACGACGGUGUCACGGAUAUCAGAGAGGAGGGGGUCUACGACAUGCUGGCGAUGAAGAAGUUCGCGGUCAACGUCGCGACGGAGGCUGCCACGACCGUGCUCUCGGUCGACCAGAUCAUCAUGGCUAAGAAGGCCGGCGGGCCAGCUGCCCCGCAGGCGCGGAGACCGGGCAAUUGGGACCAGGACGACUGA